AUCAUAAUGGAACAGCGAGUUUGGAAUCAAGACCUCUCAACCUCUCGAAGGAAUCAAUCCCAAAGGAAUUUCUUUCAUAAUUUAUUUUUAGCCUCGUUGUCAAAACAAACAUCAGACCAUGAAUUCCAUUCAACAGUUCGUUUUUGGGUACGGGUCCUUGAUCUGCCCUCACAGUCGCGCCAUUACAGCUCCCACAUUGGCGGAAAGGACAGUCACUCCGGUGCUGGUGCGGCAUGUGGAGCGGACGUGGGCCAAAGCUGUCCCCAGCGUUGGUUUCACGGCCAUGGGUGUUCGUUUCGCAGAUGACGCCGAGUGCGUGGGAGUGCUGGUGCCUGUGAAUGAUCGCGAGUUGAGUCAAUUCGAUGCCCGUGAGCGUGGGUACAAUCGAGUGCCGUUGUAUAUCAAUGAUGUGGAGCCGGUGCCCUUUUUGGAUUCCAACAAGUACGAGAAAGACCCAUUUUGGCAGGCCAAGGCCAUGACACAAGACCAAAGUUCGAUCCGAAUUUGGAUGUACAUGCAACAGAACCUUGCCCCUCCUUCCGAAGACACUCCUAUUGUUCAGUCCUAUGUGGAUACCAUCUUGAGAGGAUGUCUGACCAUUUCGGAAGAUUUUGCAGAGCAGUUCAUUGCCAAUACCAAGGGUUGGCAUCCUAAUGAGAUUUCGGAUGAUGAGGAAGAUGAUGAGGAGGAAGACAUGGAUAUUGGCAGCGACGAAGAACAAUCUACAGAAAAUGACAACUCGUCAUUAUCUGAUGAGGAUGUCUUUUGGGUUGAUGACCGUCAUGACCCCAUCUACCCUCGCGGAGAUCAAAAAUUCAUGCUCAAGAACAAAAAGAAAUUGGACUCUCUUCUGAAACGUCACAGGGAAGAGUUCCAGUUUCGUACCACCUUGUCCCAGCAGUAGGCUGUCGCUGGUGAGCUUCAGUUUUGUGGUGGCAACAAUGAAACCAACAGGAGGCGUACCGUCCAUGCAAGCAAGCAAGCAAACAAACCUGCCAUUUGACAGAUGGAAGAGAGCCUUCUUACCUUACUAGUCUGUUGUGUUUGUCGUCGGGAUGGAAUCGACACUGCCGUUGCUCAAGAGCCGGCUCUAACAUUGUGCCAGGUUUUCAAAGAAUCGAAGCGAGGCGCCUGGUUAAAAUUAAUCCCCAACUGGAUAGCAUGAUAUCUCAAAUCAAUAUGCAUAAUGAACCUUAUUAUUAGUUUUUUAGCUGAUUGAAUG